UGAAAACCUCUUGAAAAAAAAUUCAUACACAAUCUACACGGAACAGAGUUACAAUGAAAGGAAUCCUCAGCCGUGUGGUUAAGAAGCUUGCUUCUCAAUCACAUGGAUCCAGGUUCAGUCCAACUGCAUGGUACCUUGGGCAAGUGUCUUCAAUUAUAUCCGUGGGCCAACCAAAGCCUUGUUAGUAGAUUUGGUCGAUCUUCAGGAGGAAUAGUUAGCUGCCAUGCAACAAGAACCUUUAGCACUGAUGAUGGACACUCAAAGGAACAGUCCACCACUCCUAAUGAGUCUGGCUCAAAUGAUAGUCAUGACAAAGAAAGUCCAUCUGAUGAAGAUAUAAAACAGAAAAUAUUAGCUGCAUCACUGCAAUUUGUUCAAGUGCAUGGAUUUUCGAGAAAAGCACUUAUUGAUGGUGCUGAAACUGUAGGAUACCCAAGUGUAAGCCAUGGUAUGUUCCCUAAAGGAGGUGCUGACCUUGUGAAUUAUUUUUACCAAGACUGCAAUAAGAAAUUGGCUGAAAACCUAGAAAAGAAAUGUAAGGAGAUGGAUGAAAGUUCGAAGCCCUCCACACGUGUAUUUAUUCAAAAUGCUGUUGAAGAUCGUCUCAUGAUGUUGACACCUCACAUUGAGCAGUGGCCGCAGGCAAUGGCUCUGCAAGCUUUACCUCAAAAUGCUUGCCAGUCUUGGUGUAACCUUUUACAACUUGUGGAUGACAUUUGGUUUUAUGCAGGAGACAAAUCUACUGAUUUCAACUGGUACACCAAACGCCUUACUCUGGCAGCUCUCUACAAAUCAUCAGAAAUUUAUAUGCUGCAGGAUAAAUCUGAAGAUUUUGAGAAUACACUGAAAUUUGUCAACAACAGGUUUGAUGAUGUCAAAUGCCUUGGCCAAAGUAUGAAAAAUUGCCAAAUGGUAACAAAGUCUAUUGGAGAAAAUUUAUGGGGUCUUUCUCUCAUGGCACGGAAUAUAAUGGGAAUAAACAGUCGUGCUCGUUAGCAGAUUCUUUUUAUUUCAUUUAAGAAAUUCAAAGGUUCAUCCAAGGCCCCACUGAAAGACUGAAGAAAUGAGCCGAGAAGUGAAUAAGCUUAAUCUCAAUAGCAAAAACUAUACCUCUACAGUGAAGGUGGUUGGAAGCGAGCUACUGAAGCAAAGACAACUCCUGCUAAACCCUGUAGAUGAAAUGCCAAGAGAAUUUUCAAACAAAGAAAAUAUACUUGACUGGAGUUGAAUUUUAUUGUUGUUCCCCCGCCAUCCCAUUUUGUCUGCUUUCCCAAAACCCCAGGUUUUGAACUCAGUACUGCAGGAUAAAAAAGAAAA